AUGCCACGCCUUGUGCUGUCUCCGCGAAACCCUCAUCAACUGCUCGCCGCACACCGGCGGCAACAAUGCAGCAGCCGCAGCGGCGCACGCCAGUUCCACGCCUCAAUCCGGCGCGAUAAUGCUGAGGCACAAAACCACUACGAUGCGCUCGAGCUCCCCUUCACAGCGAGCGCUGCGGACAUCAAACGCCAAUUCUACUCCCUCUCCAAACGCCACCACCCCGACCGCAACAAAGGCGACCCAGCCGCCUCCUCUCGCUUCGUCCGCAUCAGCGAAGCCUACCACGUCCUCGGCACGCCCGACAAGCGCAGCCGCUACGACCGCGACCUGGCGCGGCAGCACCCGCACGCCCACCACGGCACCUCGUCGCCCGCGUACGCCGGCCCCGCGGGCUCGCGCCCGGCCUCGGGCCUGAGCCGGCGGCGCACGCAGUUCCGCGGGCCGCCGCCGUCCUUCUACCGCAACGGCGCGUGGGGCGCGCACGCGGCGAAGCGCUCCGCCGCGGGCGGCUACGACGGCAGCAGCAACAGCCGCAACAACCCGUACUCCGACACGACGGACCACCACAACUACGCCGGCGAGUCGGGGGAGCACACUUCAUCAUCAUCCUCAUACACGGCGGGGGCGUUCGGCAGCGGCGGCGGCUUCGGCGGCGGUUUCGGUCCCGGGCAGGCGACCCGCGGCGACGACGCGGCGCUGCCGCACUGGGACCGGGUGGCGCACCGGCGGACGCAGGAGGGGAUAUCGGCGCGGCUGAGCCGGCGGGCGCGGGCGCGGGGGGAGACGACGGACGAGAUGAAGAACGGCGGGGGGCCGUGGAGCCUGCUGAUCAACUUCUUCGUGGUGGGCGGGGCGAUUGCGUUUGUGGCGAGCAUACCGAGCUGGUUUCAUCACAACAGGAAGGAGAAGGAGAAGAUGGGCGGCGGGCCGGGGGUGGCGGUGGCUGGGAGGUGA